CUUCAAAAGUUUUGAAUUUUAGCACCAAGCUAGUUUCUAAGCAAAAAUGAACUCAGGUGCUAUUGUGAUUGGUGAUGGUAAGAUUUCUAAGCAAAGGGUUGGCAUGAAUAGAGGGGUGUCCAUCCUAGAUUUCAUUCUUAGGCUAGUUGCAGUUCUGGGUACCCUAGGAAGUGCUAUAGCCAUGGGAACAACUAAUGAAACACUUCCUUUUGUUACCCGGUUCACGCGGUUCAGGGCUGAGUUUAAAGAUCUUCCAACGCUUACGUUUUUUGUGUUUGCGAAUUCCAUUGUAAGUGCUUAUCUGGUUCUUUCUCUCCCCCUUUCUAUCUUCCACAUCCUGAGCAGCAGUGCGCAAAGAAGUAGAAUUCCCUUGAUUUUCUUUGAUACGGUAAUGCUAGCUCUUUUAACCGCUGGAGCAUCUGCAGCAGCAGCUAUUGUAUACUUAGCACACAAGGGGAAUUCUAAGACAAAUUGGCUUGCCAUUUGCCAACAGUUCAACUCCUUCUGCGAGCGCACUUCUGGCUCUUUGAUCGGAUCCUUUGGAGCCGUUGUUGUGUUUAUACUGCUAAUCCUGUUAUCCGCCAUGGCCCUCUCCCGACGUUGAUAGAUGAUCAUACAUUUCAAUAAUGCAAUUAUGCUCAAUGCGUGGAUGUAUUUCUUAGUUUGUCGUGUGCAAGAGUGACUGUAUAAUAGAAUAUGACUAGCGUCUCUUAUGUUUUAUGUUUCUUCUUUGUUAAAUGUGACAACGCUUCUGGUGUAAAAUUCAAUAUGAUUAUAUGUUCCUUCAGGAGUGUAAUGGAAGUGAAUAUUUUAUCAUGAUUUAUAUUUGCAGUUUAA